AUGCAUUCAAACCGUCCAUUUUCCAAGCUACCAGUAUUUUUCUUCCUCACUAUAAUUUUUACCAUUCUUUCUUUGAUCAAUGCUGCUAAUGUCAUUUCAGAUAGUUGCGAAAAAAUCAUACAUUACGAUGCAAAUGUGAAGUACCCCGUUUGUGUAAAAGUACUCGAGUCGGAUCAAAAGAGUGCAAACACAACCGUCGCACAGCUUGGAACCAUCGCGUUUCAAAUGGCCAUAUCCAACACCACGUCCAUACUUUCAAAAAUUGACACCAUUGUCAAUGAUCCGAAAACCGAUCCGUCGACUAAGGAGGGCUUGAAGGCAUGUACAGAGAUUUAUACGGAUGCUAAUAAGAAUUUACAAGAUGGUUUAACGGCUUUAACAAGUGGGGAUUAUUUCACAGCUAGUAAUAAAGCAAGUGCUGCACAAAAUGACCCUGCUGCUUGUCAAAACAAGUUUGCGCAAUCUCCUUUGACAAAGGAGAAUGGUUAUUUUUUUCAAUUGUCUUCCAUUGCACUUGGUUUUGCCGAUUUGUUAAAGGCAACGAACUAA